UUCGCUAUCAGACGGUCUUAUCAAUAUCACACACUGAGCCUGCGAACUUCAUGCAUUUCCUUUCCUGGUUUCCUCCAGUUUCUUGCUACUCGUAUAUGGCAGCUCGGCUUUCGCCUCUAAUACCAUCCGGUUAUUUCCAUCUUCUCGCGCAUACCCACAGUCACACACUACGCCCUUCCAGUCGAUCGUUGACCACCAUGCCUUCCCCGUCCCGGUCCACCCCCGGCGACAAACAGCCGCUCAAGAUCCUCAUGCUCCAUGGCUUCACGCAGUCCGGGUCGCUAUUCCACGCCAAGAGCCGUGCGCUCACCAAGCACAUCCAAAAGAACUUCCCCCUGCAUGAAGUCGUGCCUGUUUACCCGACCGGACCGAUUCGUCUCGACCCCGCAGAUAUCCCAGGAUACACCCCCUCCGAGGGCGCAGACGGGCAGGAAAAGGACCAGGCGGAGCAGAUGGAAGCUUACGGCUGGUUCCGUCGCUCCAACGCAGGCAACCCCCCGCUUUACCUCGGUCUGGAGGAUGGUCUCGCAUCGGUGGCGGAGGUCCUUCGCAAGGAAGGGCCCUUUGACGGAGUCAUCGGUUUCUCGCAGGGCGCCGCCAUGGCCGCCAUGGUCGCCAGUUUGCUUGAAACCGGGCGCAAACAGGCCUUUGACUACUUUUCAUCAGAUGCGACCAUAGCCUCCAAGGGAUUCGACGUGCCGGACAAUAAGCCCGUCGCAGGCUUUACUUUUCCCCCUUCCUUCGACUCAUCCUUCCACCCGCCCUUCAAGUUUGCUAUCUGCUACAGCGGCUUUCGCUCCCCGGGGCCCAGAUACCGUGCCUUUUACGAGCGUCCAGCGCUGCAGACGCCGAUCCUGCACGUCCUAGGUUCGCUCGACGCGGUGGUUGAAGAGAGUCGCAGUCGUGCGCUGAUCGAGGCGUGCGCCGGCGAUCCGGAAAAGGAAGGCAGAAUUGUCAAUCAUCCUGGUGGCCAUUUCCUGCCCAGCCAGCGGCCGUACCUUGAUGCCGCGGUCCGGUUCAUUCGGGAGGAGCUCGAUAAAACGAACCAACCCGGGGACCAAGUAGAGGAGGAUGUGAAUGAUAUGGAUGUGCCGUUUUAGAAUGGAGGCUUAAUACCCAACCUCGCAUAUAGAUUAUCCAUAGAGUACAUAUACUGCAUAUAUUACUGGUCCACGCUCAUUAAACGGCAGGAACUGAUGA